UUUCGGUAAAAAUUAUGAAUUUACAAUUUUUUCUUUUUUAUUACACUCCACUUUUUUUUUAUCGUUUAUUUUUAUUACAACUGUAUUUAGCGUUACUAGUUAAAAGACUACGGUUAUGAAAACACAUAACCGUCACGGAAUGGUUGGUUAAAACUUAAAAGUAACAAGAGUAGUGGAUACAAAACAAAAAACAAAAAACAAAAGUAACUUGUAACUGUGGUCAUGUUGCAGGCUGACUCAUUCACCUUUGUGCCUUAUCCUUCUGGCUCUUGCAGUUUCGUUGAAGUCUCCACUGCCGCCUUUCUCCAACGUGUCUUAAAGAUCUGUUCUCACAUAUCCUCUAAUUAUCUACCACGUCAUCUCUCUUUCGUAUCUUUUUUUUUUCUCUCUUUAUAUACUCAUAACGACCAUAAACCAAAAUCUCCUCUCUUUUUCUCUCUUUACUAUUUUCUUCCUUACCAAAUAUAGCAACAACAAAAAAACGUUUUCUGUGAUGGAGGUCCCGAUUAUAAACAGAAUAGGCGAUUUUGACAUGGGGAUAAACUCGAUAAACGACCCGUCGUAUUUAUCUCGAGCUUUGGCAGUCUCCGGUGUCGGAAAGUUACAUCAAGCUUAUAGUUUUUGGAAAUGGGGCGCCUUAUUGCUACUUGCAUUUUUUGCUUCAUUUACAUCGUUAACUACAAGAAUCAAGACUUUAGUCUUUAGAUUAAGAAAUGUAAACGUGUCUCUACCUUCCCAAACUCUUUUAUGUAAUUACGACAGCGACUCCGAUUGGUCUUUCUCGUCAGACUCUUCAGACGAAGAGAAAGAUGAGGACGAUAACAAAGAAGAUGACUCGGUCAAUGGCGAUUCACGCGUUCAAAGAUUUGGUUAUUACCAUGAUGAUGAUGAUAAGGGUAUUAGUGGAAGUGUCCCCUGGUUGCGGCGGUGCAGUGGUAGCUUCGGAGAUUUGUUAGAUUUAGGCUCAAGCGGAGUCGUGAAGCUUUGGGACAAUCUUGAUUUCAACGGAGAAGGAAGUCCGGUGGCUUCUUUUUUCAGCAAAUGCGGCUCAUACUCGUUAUUGUCAUCGGCGGUUUUAUUAGCGGCGGAGAAGAAAGGAUCCGACGGCUUGGAAGUGAGUGCGUGGGAUGCACGCGUUGGUUUUGGGGUGCCCGCGUUGCUCGCGGAAUGGAAGCAGCCGGGAAGGUUACUCGGGAAGAUCAUUAGGGUUGACGUAGGUGACGUGGACAAGAUCUACGUCGGUGAUGACGUCGAAGGAGAGAUUACUGUGGGAGACAUGAGGAUGGUUAACGGUGCGUUGACGGAACUGACGGAAUCAGAGGUUGAGAGGAUGGUGAGAAGACGCAGACGCCGUCAUUGAGGCUGACGGUGCCGUUGGGGAGAUGUAUUGAUGAUAAAUGAUUGAUUGGCAUGGUAGGGUCUAAUAAAGACUGAAAAGUUCAACGCAAAUGCAAGUGACGAACAUUUUUUUAUUUUUGUAAAUAAUUUGUCUGUCUUGUAUUUUUUUCAAUUUAGGUUUUCAAUUUUUUGGCAAAAAAAGAAAGAAAGAAAUCUCUUAUUUUGUUCUUCGAAAUAAAGAAAUUCAACCUCCUGUUGUCGUGUAUUUUGGAUUUCAUGUUGUAAGUAGACUUGGAAAUGUAAGGUAACUCUAUUUUUUUUGGUUAAUUAUUACAUUAAUAAUAAUGUUUAAAUUAAAAAAAAAAACUUAGAAUAUGGAAACGUAGUAU